AAGAGAAUCUAUGGCACAACUUUAAUCAGACCCUGCUGCUAGCUAGGAUUUGUGUCUUUCAGGUUUUAACAGGUUAUUCACUUUAAAGGCAAAUCUUUUUUUUUACAUGAAGCUAUAUGUGCUGUUGUACUCAGAAGAAGUCAUCAUUUUACCUGAAGAGACAGUGGUCAACAUAUUCUCAGCUUCAAGUAUCGAAUGAUUUACUCACAGGUGAGCUAAAGCUAAUAGCUACUAAGAAAGAGGACCACAGAAAAGGGAAGUUUUCACCAUCUGAAACAACUCAAGCCUAAAAUAUUUCCAUAGAGGUUAGUGUGUGAGCUUUUGUGUAUAUUUACACUGUAAUAUUUUCUCUUCUUAUGGCCUUGUUCUGAGUAGCUUUUAGCUUUAUCCUGCUUGUCACAGAAAGUUCUGAUUGUUAAACUACAAGUACUCUGUCUGCUACUCUGGCAAGUCAAAAUUACACAUCUAAACUCCACAUUCAGCUGUCAUAUAGUAUGUUUUUAAGUAUUUUACAUCCCUGUGAGGACAAAAAAAAAUCCUUUCAUUUUAAUAUUUAAGAGAAUUUUUCCCUAAAGGGUUUUGUUGACUUAACUUACGAGAAUAAAAAUGUUCUCUGGGCAUGUUUACUGAAAUAAACUUCAUGAAUUACAACCUGAUAGUACUCGUCCUUAUUUGGUGUUUAUGAGCCACCUCUGCUUGAUCACCUACAAAGUCCAAGAAGGCCGUCCUCUGAUUCCCUGUACUUAUAGGUGUGUCUUUACCUGUUUAAAGGAAAAACUAACUGAUAAGGGUGUGACUUAACACUGUUACAGCCCCUGGAAGGCCUAGCUGGUAUGUGUUAAAGACAAGAGCAAACCAAGCCAGACAGACAUUGGAAUACAAUCCGAGCCCUGGCAGCUUUAAAAAAAAGGGGGGGCUUUAAGUUUUGACCUGAUGUCGGAAGCUCCUGGUUGCUGCAUCUGUCUGGAUGAGUUCACCAGCCCUGCUCCCCUCCCCUGUGGACACUGCUUCUGCUUGGGAUGCAUAGGAGAAUACUGGAGGAUUCAUGAAGCCUGCCAGUGCCCCCUCUGCAAGGCAGUCUUCCCCAAGAGGCCACAGCUCAAAGCAAACCAAACACCACCGACUCAGGAUGCAACUGCACCUUUAAAAACCGGGGAGGUUCCUUGUGAUUUCUGCUCUGCAAAGCGCCCAGCAGUCAGGUCCUGUCUGGUGUGCCUGGCUUCGUACUGCACAGCUCAUCUGGAGCCUCAUUACCAGAGUGAAGAGCUUGGGCGCCAUCUCUUGAUCAGUGUUGCAAAAAACCUGGAGGACUCUGUGUGCAGGCUGCAUGGGAGGAAGUUAGGGAGUUUCUGCAGGACUGAUCAAUCAUGCAUUUGUUCACAAUGUGCCCAGACAGAGCACAGAGGACACCACAUUAUUUCUAUUAGCAAGGAAGCUGCAAAGAAGAAGGUUAAACUAAAACGCAAACGGAUGCAACUUCAGCAGGAGAUUGGAGACAGACUGACUGAGGUGGAGAAAAUAAAGCUAUCGGUGGACCUCCGAGGAGAAAAUCCCAAAGCUGCCUGGAUGCAAAGCAAAGAGCUCAUCAGACAGCUGGAGGAAGAGAUCACCGAGCUGGAGAGGAGGAAAGCUGACCUGCAGCUGCUCUCACAGACUGAAGACAACCUGCAUUUCCUACAGAGAUUCCUUCAUUCUGCUUCAGGAACAUGACGAUGAAUCAGCUUGAAGAAACUUUUUUUUUCUAAAGUGCCAGAAGUUCUACUGUACAUUUGCAGAAAAUAAUAUUAAUAAAAUGUUUUAUUCUAGUA